AUGAAAACCAAAUGCGUGGCGCACCCCAGGAUUGCCAAGCGCCGCCAGCCACAAGAUAACCCUGAAGAACGUUUUUUACAGGCGGGACAAGGAUUCGAAGCGUUCAACAAACGUGCGUUUGACUCAUUGAGCGGCUCCGGACUGACUCCGUUCAACAAGAGGGCGUUCGACAGUCUCGCAGGCAGCGGUUUCACUGGAUUCGAUAAGAGGAGUCUCGGAUUGACGGGCGGUCGCUUCCAUCCAUUACAAGUGAGCUUUUUUCGAAUUUAA